AAAUUAAGAGUUUUGUUAGGCUUCUGGUGAAUGCAAGAUUGAGUUAAAGAAAAAAGGAAAGGAUUCUUUUUAUAUGGAAGGUGGUAGUGGUGGUUUCUUACCCAAUUCUAGCUUUAAUGCUACAAAUAUGGACUUCAUGGAUGAACUCUUCUUUGAUGGAUGUUGGCUUGAGACAACAGAUGGCAAGAGCUUGAAGCAGACAACGUCCACCAACAUGAAUGACAACAACAACAACAACAACAACAACUCUUUCCUUUAUGAUCAAAUCUCCAACUUAGAGACAGGGGGAAAGUUUCCUCAAAUAACACUAGGUCCUCUCAAGAUAGAAGAUCUCACAAAUCAACCUAUUAAUCAAGUACCUUCUGACCAAGCAGAGAACUUAUGGUGGAUAGCUCCAAGAACAAGCCAAGGCCCUUCUUCAUCAGUGGAAGAUAGACUAGUACAAGCUAUCAAGGGUCUUAACGAGGCGGUUCAGGACAAAGACUCUCUUAUACAGAUAUGGGUGCCAAUACAACAAGAAGGCAAGAACUUCCUCACCACUUUGGAGCAGCCACACUCUUUUAACCCUAAACACUUGAGUCUUAAAAGAUACAGAGAUGCCUCAGUUUCAUAUAACUUCUUGGCUGAUGAAGAUUCCAAGGAGUCUGUAGGUCUCCCUGGCCGUGUGUUCCUUGGGAAGUUACCUGAGUGGACACCUGAUGUUCGGUUCUUCAGAAGUGAAGAGUAUCCACGCAUCAAAGAAGCUCAGAGAUGUGAUGUUAGAGGAUCAUUAGCUCUUCCUGUGUUUGAAAGAGGUAGUGGGAUUUGUCUAGGUGUUGUUGAGAUUGUCAGAACAACUCAAAAGAUGAAUUACAAGCCAGAACUUGAGAAUAUCUGUAAAGCUCUAAAGGCUGUUAAUCUAAGAAGUUCAGAAAACUUGAAAUCCCCAAGCAGUGAGUUUCUGCAGGUCUAUAAUCAAUUCUACUAUGCAGCAUUACCUGAGGUAUCAAACUUUUUGGCAUCAGUCUGCAGAUCAUAUGAUCUCCCUCUAGCUUUAACAUGGGCGCCGUGUGCUAGACAAGGCAAAGAUGGUUCCAGACAUUCAGAUGAGAACUUCUCUGAGUGUGUUUCAACUGUAGAUUCUGCUUGCUUUGUCCUUGACCAACAGAGUUAUCAGUUCCAAGUGGCCUGCUCUGAACACCAUUUGCUUCAAGGGGAAGGCAUUGUGGGAAAAGCAUUUAAAGCAACAAAACUGUUCUUUGUCCCUGAAGUUACCACUUUUAGUAAGACCAACUACUCCCUUGCACACCACGCUAAGAUCUCUGGUCUACAUGCAGCUUUAGCUGUCCCUUUGAAAAACAAAUUCAAUGGUUCUGUUGAGUUUGUGUUGGAGUUUUUCUUUCCCAAAACUUGCCUUGACACAGAAGCGCAACAAGAGAUGCUUAAGUCACUGUCUGUGACACUGCAAAAUGAUUUCAGGAGUUUAAAUCUUGUCAUUGAUAAAGAGUUAGAGCUUGAAGUGGUGUUUCCUGUAAGAGAGGAACUACUUUUCUCAGAGAAACCUUUGCCUCUGGAACCUUUGCCUUUGGAGGAAAUCUCUCAAGAAGAUUCCUCAUGGAUCUCUCACAUGAUAAAGGCUAAUGAGAAGGGUAAAGGUGUGUCCCUUUCAUGGGAGUACCAGAAAGAAGAGCCAAAAGAAGAGUUCAUGCUGACACCUGGCUGGAACAAUAAUCAGAUUGGCCUUGGCCAUGGCCAUGGCCACAGUAGCUUUGAUUCAGAUUCCUUUGGUGUAGGACAACCAUUGUUAGGAAGUAGAAGACAAAAUGAAAAGAGAAGAACAAAAACAGAGAAGACAAUUGGUUUAGAAGUUCUUAGACAGUACUUUGCUGGAAGCCUCAAAGAUGCAGCCAAGAACAUUGGUGUUUGUCCAACUACAUUGAAAAGAAUAUGUAGGCAACAUGGGAUAACAAGAUGGCCUUCAAGGAAGAUCAAGAAAGUGGGACACUCUUUAAAGAAACUCCAACUUGUUAUAGACUCUGUUCAAGGUGUUCAAGGCUCUAUCCAACUUGAUUCUUUCUACACAAGUUUCCCAGAGUUAAGCUCCCAAAAUGUAUCUGGUACUGGUACUUACUUCAAGAAUGCUCAAACUGAGAACGGUGUUUCAGCUCCGGUAGUUGCUUUAAGAUCAUCACCACCACCACCAUCUUCUUGUAGCCACAGCUCCGGUUCAAGCACAUGCUGCUCAACUGAAGCUAAUCAAAGCACCAAUACUGCAAACACCUUAACCACUCUGAUGGCUGAAAAUGCUGGAGAAAUCUUGAAGAGAGCUCGGAGCGAGGUAAAGCUUCACACCAUGGAGGAAACAAAGUGUCUCCCUAGAACACUGAGCCACAAAACAAUCACUAGCUUGAAAGCUGUAGGAGCCUCCUCUAAAGUGAAAGCCACGUUUGGUGAGGCCAAAGUAAGGUUUACUUUGCUCCCAACAUGGGGCUUCAGAGAGUUGCAGAAAGAGAUUGCUAGGCGUUUUAACAUAGAUAAUAUUGCAAUCUUUGAUCUUAAGUACUUGGAUGAUGACAAGGAGUGGGUUCUUCUAACGUGUGAAGCUGACUUGGAGGAGUGUAUAGACAUUUAUAGAUCAUCACAGAGCCGCACAAUCAAGAUAAGCGUUCAUGAAGCUUCUCAACUCAAGCUGAGAGGUUCUUUUGGUAGUAAUUAAGCCAAAAGGAAAGGUUGCUACCUGAAAACACAAGGAGAUUGUUCUACUAAUUUAAUAAUAUGUGUUAGAAACAAAAUAUUACUCACCAUUUUAUAGACUCAGGGACUCGUUUGUAAACAUGUUUCAGUGCCCUGGAUCAUAGCAUUUGACAGGCAGUAGUAGUAGUAGUAAACUGGUUAAUUUUCUGCAUCGUCUUAGCAGAUUUUUUUUUUCUUUUUUGUUUGUUUGUAUAAUAAGGCGAUUGCAUACCAGGAACAUACUUAUAUGUUGUUUUUAUUUAUUUGAUGUACA